ACAAUAAUUUACGGUAAUGUACAACUGUAUAUAUAGUAUAUGAUAUUUCUGAUGAUCACGGUCAUCUAAACGUUGAAAUAAAAAUAUAAUUGUUAAUAAUAAUGAAGUAAUUGUUAAAAAUAAUUAUUUAAAUAUCUCUGUGAGUGUUUAAAUAUUGUUAUGUUGAGUUAAAAUAAUUUAAUUUAUAAUAAUGAAAGAAAUAGUUCAUCAAGCUAACCUGUCAUCGUCAACAAAUCAUCACUAUGCGUCGAAAAACAACAAUAGUUCGUCAACAACCACCACGAGUACGAGCAAUAACACCACGAGUAUAACCAAUGGCAAUAACCAGCGUAGAUACGCAGUACUAAGUACUGAUUGGAUAUCCGCGAUCGGCGAAGAGCUGGGCCUUCAUCCUCUUCCUGACUCGUUGUCAAAGAAACUCGCUGAGGAUGCUUCCUACCGCUUACGAGAAAUUUUGCACAAAUGUGUUACGAGGCUGAGCCACAGCUGCAGGAAGAAACUCCUGUCCUCUGAUAUCAACUCCGUUAUCACAACUCUCUGUGAUGCUGACCCAGUGUACGGAUCGCCAGAUCCCAUGCCAUCUUAUCACACAGAAGCGCAAGUGUUUGUGCCACAUGAAGAAAUUGUUGAUGUUGCCAGCGUUGCUUUGGAGCCGGUUAACUUGUCGCAAACCAGCGAACCUCUCUGUGAUGAAGAUGAACUUAUGGAGGAUAAAAAUACCGAGUUUCGUCAUGCUUACGCUAAACGCGCCUUGAAAAUUUUAUUUAAUGGAUCGAAGAAAACAUUUCAGGUUUUACUGAAUGACUGUACGAAUAAUAAUCAUUUUGACGGAGAAGGGAUAUUAAAUAUUCUAGUUUCGAUCGCUAGAUCAACAGUAAUUUCAAAUAACGCUCAAUACACACGUGUUACAACACGUGCGUGUCAACUCAUUAUUGCAAUUACAUCAAACACUGGAACUGGGUACCCGUACCACAUAAAUUCGGUGGAAAAGUUGACAGAAUUAUUACUAGAACUGUUACUGGGCCAAAGUUUCAUAGAUUCGAACGUAGAAACAUUAUUCAAGACUUGUGCAUUGAAGCUGAUGCUCAGGUGGCCAGCGACUGCAGAUAAAUUUCUACCAAUGCUAGAAAAUGUUCUGUCGCAAGACGACAAACCUGGAAGUACAAUUAAUAAAAAAAAAAUAACUGCUUUGGAACUGCUGGUGGGGAUCCAGCCGUUGGUAUUUUUUCAGCCGUCAGAUCCUCUGUUGUCGUUGGACAAUCUUCUGAACGAGGCACCUUCGGGUUCGAAGCUGUGGCACCAAGUCGCACUUUCAGUUAACGCUCUAGUAAGAUCAAAUAAUAAAUUACCAGACCUUAAAGUGUUAACUGAACAUUAUGGAGACUCAUUGUUGCCUUACUUGAGACCAAUAGACAAUGAAGAAAGUAAAGAAAUUUUACCACGGUUACUUCCUAUCAUUGUAAGAAGUAAAAUACGAUACGCUAAAGUACGUCCUAGUUCGAAAUCACCUGAUGAUAGACUUAAUACGUUUCCUGACUCUGUUCUACGUGGACCUCGACGGGAAAUCAGGUUCGCAUUCGCUGGCGGCAGACCAGUAGCUCCAAAUAACUUACGACGCGUAAGUUUACGCGCGAAUUAUCAAAUAUUACGUGGCGAUAAUCGUGCAAUGACUGCUAGCGUUGCCUGUCGUCGUCUGUUGAUCCUCCGGGAUAAACAGAAUAAAAUAAAAACUACUUACAAUCUAGCUGCUAUUCAAAUUUAAAUUAAUUUAACAAUUAAUAUUAUUUAAUCAAAAUAAUUUGAUACCUGAUUCAAUUGUAUAUAU